AUGGCAAGUUCUUCUAUGCAAAAUGUUUUGAAUAAGGGAGACAGUUUUCGACGAGUUACGAAAAAGGAAUCUGAAUUUUUGGCACCUAAAAGCCCAUUUCAUGCCCGAGAAUUUCAAUUAAGUGACUUCGAAAUUGGUCGACCAUUAGGGAAAGGCAAAUUUGGCAAUGUUUAUCUGGCUCGCGUCAAAGGCAUUAAUUUUAUCGUUGCUUUGAAAAUUCUGUUCAAAUCGCAACUUAUCAAAAACAAUGUGGAACAUCAAUUACGUCGCGAAAUUGAAAUUCAAGCUCAUUUGCGACACCCUCAUAUCCUUCGUAUGUACAAUUAUUUCUAUGAUGAAAAACGUAUUUACUUAAUAUUGGAAUAUGCAGCUGGAGGUGAACUUUAUAAAGAACUGCAGAAAUGCGGUCAUUUCGAGGAAGAACGUACAGCUAAGCUUAUGUUUCAAAUGGCGGACGCGCUUUCCUAUUGUCAUGAUAAAAAAGUUAUACAUCGUGAUAUCAAGCCAGAGAACUUGCUUUUGGGCAUGUUUGGUGAAUUGAAGAUUGCAGACUUCGGAUGGAGUGUUCAUGCUCCAUCUUCCAGGCGAGAAACAAUGUGUGGUACUUUGGAUUAUUUACCGCCCGAAAUGGUACAAGGCGAGAAACACGAUGAUAAGGUUGAUCUGUGGUCACUUGGUGUUCUGUGUUAUGAACUACUAGUUGGUAGACCGCCGUUUGAAAGCAAAACUCACAAUGAAACUUAUAAACUUAUUGCAAGCGUGAAAUACAAAUUCCCGAGUUAUAUUUCUGAAGGAGCUAAGGAUUUGAUUACCAAAUUAUUGGUGAAAGAUCCUGUUGCACGUCUUCCUUUGAGGGACGUUAUGGAUCAUCCAUGGAUUCGUCAAUACAUUUGUAAAGAAUAA